UUGUGCGACGAAUCAUAAAUUUUAAUCCAUCAGAUGUUACCUCAUGGUAAAGUUGUGUUUUUUUAAUUAUUCAAAGAAAAUAAUAAAUCAUUCAUAAUAUGAUGGCGGUAGAAUGCUUCAAAUUAAAGGUUUAAACCAAAGAUCUUCUUUUAAGGAAAUAAUCAAUAAAAUUACCGUGGUCAGUGUAGGUUUCGUGUAAUAAGUACGACGGAAAGAUUUUUAGAUAAAUGAUUAAAAGUAACUUCAGUUGAUUAAAGACCCGUUUUAAGAAGCAUGAAAUGCAUAAAAGGAAACUUAAACGCAACACAUUACUACAAAAUAUAAAAACUUCUGAAAUUUUACCAAGAGUGAAUAAUUCUCAAGAUAAUCAAAAUAAAUCAAGUGAUUAUUUUCAAUUACCAAGUUUACAAAAGAAGAAAACUUGGAAAGAUGUUGAUGACAAUGUAUCAACUUGGGAUAAAAAUAGUACUGCAACAGAUAUAUCCUGUUCUUCAGAAAUUGAAAAUAUUGCAACGAAGAAAGCUAUGGAACAGUGGGAAGCUAUCGAAAGUACAUUGUAUGAAGAUGGUAAUGAAGUAACUCAAACAUCUGUUUUGGAAGAAUGUAUACAAUGGAGAAUGCAAAUACCUCAUUUAAGAAUAGUUGGGAAGAAUCUGUUUCUUUCACCUAAAAGUAACUAUCAAGAUUUGAAUAUAAAUUAUAAUCAGAUAAAGAAUAAUUUUGAUUCUAAUAAUGAGGAGGUAUUUCCAGAACAUAGUACUUCAUUAAAGAAAAGGAAAAAUUCAUCUAAGCAAAGAUUACAGAAAACAUCACAAGAUGAGAUAUUUGAUAUGCUUUAUGAAUAUGUAAUAUCCAAGCUGUUUCCAAAUAAAGGAAAUGAAAUUGAUUCAUUAUAUGAUGAUUUCAAUGAUGUUUUACAAAUACAUACAGCUACUAUUCACAGUAAUAAAAGUUCUGCAAAAAGUAUAAAGGUAAAUUGGUUUGAGGAAACAAUAUCUCUCGAGAGUAGAUUUUCAAAUAGUAAUGGUAAAGGAAGAGAAGAUUAUACCUUACCUAUGAGAAAAGAAAGUGGUCAAACAUAUACACAAGAAAUUCAGAAAAAACAUGAUAAUCCUAUGAAUAAUGACAAAAUAAGAAAUCAGAAGGAUGAAUCUACUACGGAAGAUAAGCUUUUAAGGCCACACACUAGUAGAAAUAAACUUGGAACUGUUUUUAAUGAAAAGGUUGUAGUUAGUCCUGUGCCUUAUGUUUUAUCAACCAGAGAAAGCUUUUCUACCGUAAAAACUACUCCAAUCAAGUUUAUGGCACAGUCUCUAGAAGUUUCUUCCUUUCAAGGCUCAAGUAAAAAUACUAAUUAUUUUAAAAAUUCGGGAAAAAAUUCAACUUCAGCUAAAAUUUCUGCUUGGCACGCUCCUGUUUCUCCUGCUGUGUGGCCAAAAAAUAUAAAGCUUGCUCCACUCGACACGACACGAUUUCCGAGUAGCAAAAAUAGAUCUUUAACAUCAUCAUCGGUACCAGUAUCACGUAACAGGAAACCUUUAAGUCCUAUUUCUCGAUCUACUCCAUCAGUACAAACUAUUCAUAAUAAUAAUUACGAAGGUUUAGAAAUUCAAGGAAAACAUAUAAUUCCUGGACAAUCUCCUAAGUUAAGUGCGCCUACUACAAGUUCGGAGAAUGCUGGGAGUAGCAAAGGCAGAAAAAAGAAGUCAAUCAAAAACAAAACUGCAAUGAAUUACAACUAAUUAUGUUAGUUACAAAAAUUGAUCUUAUAAAAUUAUCUUUACCUCUAUUAAUUAAAAUUGUGUUUCAUUGUUUUACACAAAUUAAUCCGGUAAAAUGCAGCUGACGUAAAUGAAGGAAUGUUAAUUACCAUUUAUACAUUUAAAGCGGACAUUCGUGAUUGCGUUUGUGAUAUAAAAAUUAUGUACGAUAAAAAUUCUACUAUUUAUUUUUUAUUGACAAUUGAGCUAAAAUUGAUGAUUUAAAAGUUCAGAUAACAUUUAUAAUCUAAGUGUUGUAAAAAGUAACAUUUUAUAUGAUAUAUAAAUAUAUCGUUAUUGUUAUAUAAUAAUAAGAAAUCUUAUUGUAUUACAGUAUUAAAAUGUGCUCUAAUUGUAAGAAGUGUUUGCACCAUAAACAAAAAGAAUAUUUAAACACUGUAUUAAAAAUGAUACGAGCUAGUGUUCCAAUUUUAAAAAUGUAUAUUUUAAAUACUCCUGUUAUUUCAGAAGAGAAUAUAUUGUUGUAACUAUCUCUACCUCACUCAGUUCUAUGUGUUAUUUGAUUGAUGCACACGCUUAAGUGCGCAGGUGAAUAUAUUUUUGUAAUGCACAUAUCUGUAUUGGACGUGCUUAUUGUAAAUAUAUAAUAAUUAAUAUGUUUAAA